AUUUGCAGGAUAAAUUCCCUAUGGGCAAUUUGGUAAAUUUAGUAUAGAAUGAAACAAUAACCACAUGGAUCGAAAUGGAAUAUUGACUGUCCUCGAUGAUACGAUGAAGCAACAGGUUUAAUUAUAUUUCUUCUUAAGCAUGGGCGCCAUAGGUGACAUUUGUUUAUGCAAUUUUAUUAAUUAAUUAAUUAUUAAUUUGUUUUUUUUUCAUAUUUCUUCCAGCUCUUCCAAUUUUUUUACUGACGGACAUGACAAUUGACUGUGGACUAUUCCAGGCAGCAAAAAUGAUAUUGGGGACUCCAUUUGUAAUUGCAUUCUUGAUAUAUAAAUGGCGUAGGAGGCAUUUAUCCAUGUAUGAUGUUGUCGAAAAAUUUCUACAAAGUCACAAUAACCUCAUGCCAAUAAGGUACUCUUAUUCCGAAAUUAAGAAGAUUACCAAAAGUUUCAAGGAGAAAUUGGGUGAAGGAGGUUAUGGCACUGUAUUUAAAGGAACACUUCGAAGUGGUCGACUUGUGGCUAUAAAGAUGUUAGGUAAGUCCAAAGCUAACGGACAAGAUUUUAUAAGCGAAGUUGCAACCAUUGGAAGGAUUCACCAUGUAAAUAUAGUGCAACUCAUUGGUUUUUGCGUUGAAGGAUCGAAACGGGCUCUUGUAUAUGAGUUCAUGCCUAAUGGUUCCCUAAAUAAAUACAUAUUUUUGUCAGAAGUACACACGCUCCUAAGCUAUGAUCAAAUGUUUGAUAUAGCUCUAGGAGUGGCUCGUGGGAUUGAAUAUUUACAUCAAGGAUGUGACAUGCAAAUUUUACAUUUUGAUAUCAAGCCUCACAACAUUCUUCUUGAUGAAAAUUUUACUCCCAAGGUUUCUGACUUUGGAUUAGCAAAAUUAUAUCCAACAAAUGACAGCAUUGUUUCUUUGACUGCUGCAAGAGGGACAUUAGGAUACAUGGCUCCUGAGUUGUUCUACAAAAAUAUUGGAGGCGUCUCAUACAAAGCUGAUGUUUAUAGUUUUGGAAUGUUAUUGAUGGAAAUGGCCGGUAGAAGAAAGAACGUAAAUGCAUUUGCAGAACACUCAAGCCAAAUAUACUUCCCUACUUGGGUUUAUGACCAAUUGCAAAAUAGAAACGACGUAGAAAUAUUGGAAGAUGCCACAGACGAGGAAAGGAAAAUAGGGAAAAAGAUGAUCAUUGUUGCAUUAUGGUGUAUACAGAUGAAGCCUAAUGAUCGCCCUUCAAUGAACAAAGUUGUUCAAAUGCUUGAAGGAGAAGUUGAAUGUUUACAAAUGCCUUCCAAGCCUUUCCUCUCAUCACUGGACGAAACCAUAAUAGGUGGUGGAGAGAAUUCGAACCAAUCAAAUGAAUCAAGUCAAUCAUCUCAAUUUUAAAUGCAAAUUAAUUUAUGUAUGAGUCUUUUGAUUUAUUAUAUCCCUGUUCAAGAAGAAAA